AUGAGCGAUAACGAUAUAGGUGAGGAGCUCAAUGGAAAGGAACGUCCGCUAUAUAUUUCUGUAGUUAUAUUUCUGAUCAAGAUUGUAUUUUUCGUCUAUGAUUGCAUAGUAUUCAUACCGUUUAAAAUCUUUGCUGAUCCGUCCGAGAAGUUGAGCAAAUCGCAACGAAUAAAGGCUCAACCAGUGAAAGAAGGCGAUCCAGGAUCAGCAUGGCGACAUGUAAAUUCAUUGAACAAGGAGCUCAAAGAUUGUACAUUUCCAGAUUGCCAUACUAUAGCCGAUCAGUGGAAUGAAUGUGUCAAAAGAUUCGGAGAGAGAAGCUGUUUUGGCACUAGGGAGGUUUUGUCGAUCCAUAAGGAAAAGCAAAAGAGCGGGAAAGUUUUUGAAAAGUGGGAAAUGGGAAAAUAUCAUUGGCGAACAUUCGAGGAAAUUGACAGAAGAGUAAACAUGGUUGCGUCAGCUCUAAAAUCUUUGGGCAUGAAGCCAAAAGAUGAAAUUGUGAUUUUUGCUGAAACUAGAGAAGAAUGGAUGACUACCGCUUUGGGCUGUUUCAAAGGCUCUUUUCCAGUGGUGACCGUAUAUGCGACUCUUGGAGAAGAAGCUGUAGAAUUCGCUUUUAAUGAAGUCAAACCAAAGAUUAUUUUCACUUCGGAGAACCUCAUCUCUAAGGUCCAAAAAGCAAUGAAAGCCGGUGUUUCUGUCGAAACGGUGGUCUUUUUUGAAAGUCCAGAUCCAGAAAGUCCGCAUGAGUAUAAAGAUGAUAAUGCGAAAAUCUUAUCGUUCAAUGAUCUCUUGAACAUGGGAAAACCCGAUCUCGUUGAAAAUGCCCCGAAACCAACGGAUAUAGCUAUGAUUAUGUACACUUCGGGUACUACUGGUAACCCGAAAGGAGUUAUGCUCACGCACGAAAAUAUCGUAUCAGCUGGAGCUGGACAAGGAGAUGUUAUUCCACUACAUGAGGGCGAUACUUACAUCGGUUACUUGCCUCUGGCUCAUAUUUUGGAAGUUUGUGGAGAACUGGUAACCCUUUCAAAGGGAGUUCGCAUAGGAUAUUCAUCUGCUCAAACCCUGUUUGACAGAGCUCCAAAAAUCAAAAAAGGAACUCGUGGAGAUUGCUUUGCUUUGAAGCCAACUCUAAUGGCUUGUGUACCUGCUGUCAUGGAUAGAAUCCACAAAGCUGUGAUUGAAGAAGUCAAUUCAAACAGUCUUCUAUUCCGAGAAAUGUUCAAAGCAUGCUAUGAGAGGAAAAGGGCCAGAUAUGAGGAAGGCUACACUAGCUUCAUUCUCAACAAGCUUGUAUUUAAUCGAAUUGGAAAAUUGCUUGGUGGAGAAAUUCGCUGUGUGCUGUCUGGAGGUGCACCGCUAAGUCCAGAAACGCAAAGGUUUAUGAACAUCUGCUUCUGCUGUCCGGUUAUCCAAGGAUAUGGUUUGACAGAAACUUGUGGAGGCGGAACCUUAGCGGAUGCACACGAUCUCUCAACUGGAAGUGUUGGACCACCUCUAACAUGCUGUGAAAUAAUCCUGGAAGAAUGGUCAGAAGCCGGAUACUCCCCAAAGAAUGAUAAACCACAAGGAGAAAUUUUAAUCGGUGGAAAGAACGUUGCACUGGGAUAUCUGAAUAACGAUGAGAAGACAAAGGAGGACUUUGUUUUGAGAGAUGGUAAACGAUUCUUUGCCACCGGCGAUAUUGGAGAAUUCAGAGAGGACGGGUCUUUGAUGAUUAUUGAUCGAAAGAAGGAUCUUCUAAAGUUGGCCCAUGGAGAGUACAUCUCACUAGGAAAAGUUGAAACACAUAUUCUGACAAACCAUUGGGUAGAGAAUGUGUGUGCCUAUGGCGAUUCUUCAAAAGACUACAUCGUUGCGCUCAUCGUUCCGGAGCGUAAAAAUCUGAAGCGACUUGGGGAAGAGCUUGAUGUCUCAUCCGAUGACAUUGAAGAACUCUGCCAUAACAAAAACGUGGUUGAUGCUUUCUUGAAGGAAAUUCAAUCCCAUGUGUCAGGCAAACUACAAAGAGUCGAGAUCCCGAAAAAAAUUCACCUCUGCUCUGAGCAAUGGACCCCGGCUAGUGGCCUGCUUACUGAAGCACUCAAACUGAAAAGAAAAGCCAUUGAAAAGGCUUUCAAGGACGAGAUUGCGGAAUUGUACAAAUAAACUGGGAAUAGCUGACUGUUCAUCCUCACCUAUUUGCCUUACCUUCUACUCAUUGCUCAUCUUUCUCGUGUCACUGGUAACUGGUCUUUAGAUUCGUUAUAACUAUGUAUAGAGAUUCUUUUUUUUUGUUCUGCUUGUAAUUCCAGCUUAUUUUUUUCUUGCGUGUCAAUUCGAAUCCUCACGAUAUGCAUUUCUACAUCAGAACACCUCAUUUUCUCACAUUUGCUCAAAUGUGUGGAGUUCAUAGCAGAUGAUCUUGAAUAGCGUUUGAUUCGGUAGUGAUAUUGAUACUCGACGUAAA